AUGGAGUUAAAACCAUCGAGUAUUGCUAGAAAGGAUGUCAAGGAGAGAAUACGGGCAAAGGAACUUCCUCUUCCGGCUCAUCUAUGGAUGAGGAUGGAGGCCAGAAAGGUGGCAGUCGUGCUCUUCCCAGGGUGGAAGCAGCAGCUGGAAGGAUACAAAUGUUUGGAUUGUGGCAAAAACUUUACUGGAGAGAUAUUCUACCAGUGCUCAGAAUUUGGCAAAAGAUUUAGCAAGCACACUAAUAUGGUAAGACACAAGAGGACUCACACAGAAAAGAAACUAUAUGAGUGCCCAGAUUGUGGGAAAAGUUUCAGUUGGAAUUCCCACCUGGUGGAACAUAGGAGGACUCACACAGGAGAGAAACCAUAUGAGUGUCCUGAUUGUGGGAAAGAUUUUUCGUGGAAAUGUGACCUGGUGAAACAUCAGAGGAUUCACACAGGAGAGAAACCAUAUAAAUGUCGUGAUUGUGGGGAAAGUUUUAGUCAGAAUUCCUACCUGGUGAAACACCAGAGGACACACACAGGAGAAAAACCCUAUGAGUGUCAAGAUUGUGGGAAAGAUUUCACCUGCAAUUAUGACCUGGUUAAACAUCAGAGGACUCACACAGGAGAGAAACCAUAUAAGUGUCCAGAUUGUGGGAAAAGUUACAGUCAGAAAUCUUACCUGGUGAUACACCAGAGAACUCACACAGGAGAGAAACCGUAUGAGUGCCUAGGUUGUGGGAAAGGUUUCAGUUGCAAUUCCGACCUGGUGAAACAUCAGAGGACUCACACAGGAGAGAGACCAUAUAAAUGUAAUGAUUGUGGGAAAAGUUUCAGUCAGAAUUCCUACUUGGUAAAACACCAGAGGUCUCACACAGGAGUGAAACAGUAUGAGUGUUCAGAUUGUACGAAAAGUUACAGUUGUAAUUCCGAUCUGGUGAAACAUCGGAGGACUCACACAGGCGAGAAACCAUAUAAAUGUGAUUGUGGGAAAAGUUUCAGUCAGAAUUCCUACCUGGUGAAACACCAGAGGUCUCACACAGGAGAGAAACCAUAUAAGUGUGCAGAUUGUGGGAAAAUUUUCCAUCGGAAUUCUCACCUGGUGGUACACCAGAGAAUUCACACGGGGGACAAACAGUAUCAGUGUCUGGAUUGUGGGAAAAGUUUCAUUCGAAAUUCCAACUUGCUUAUUCACCAGAAGACUCACAGGAAAGAGAAACCAUAUGAAUGUCCUGAUUGUGGGAAAAGUUUCAGUCAGACUUCCAACCUGAGGCAACACCAGAAUACUCACAGAGGGGAAAAACCGUAUGAGUGCCUGGAUUGUGGGAAAAGAUUUAGUUGGAAUUUCCACCUGGUGAUACACCAGAAGAGUCACACAGGAGAGAAACUGUACAAGUGUCCAGAAUGUCAGGGAAGUUUCAGUUGCAAAUCUGAAUUGGUGAAGCAUCAGAGGACUCACAGAGGGGAGAGACUCUAUGAGUGUUUGGAUUGUGGGAAAUGCUUCCCUCGAAAUUCCAAGCUGGUGAGACAUCAGAGAACUCACACUGGAGAGAAACCAUAUGAGUGUCUGUAUUGUGGGAAAAGUUUCAGUCAAAAUUCCAACCUUGUGAUACAUGAAAGAACUCAUACAGGAGAGAAACCAUAUCGGUGUCCAGAUUGUGGGGAAAGGUUUAGUCAGAAUUCCUAUCUGAUGAAACACCAGAGGACUCACACAGGAGAAAAACCAUAUGAGUGUCUGGAGUGUGGGAAGAGUUUCAUUCAAAAUUCCUACUUGGUGAUACACCAGAGGGCUCACACAGGAGAAAAACCUUAUGAAUGUCUCGAAUGUGGGAAAACUUUCAGUCGGAAUUCCAAUUUGGUGACACACUGGAGGACUCACACAGGAGAGAAACCUUAUGAAUGUCCGGAUUGUGGGAAAGAUUUCAGUUUCAAGGGGAAUUCUGACCUGGUGAUACAUCAAAGGAUUCACACAGGUGAAAAACCAUAUGAGUGUCUGCAGUGUGGGAAAAGGUUCAUUCAAAAUUUCCACCUUGUGCGACAUCACAGGACUCACACAGGAGAGAAACCAUAUAAGUGUUCAAAUUGUGGGAAAAGUUUCAGUCAGAAUUCUGACCUGGUGAUACAUCAGAGGACUCACAUGCAAGGGAAACCGUAUGAGUGUUCAGAUUGUGGGAAAGGUUUCAGUUGCAAUUCUGACAUGGUGAAACAUCAGAGAACGCACACAGCAGAGAAACCAUAUAAAUGUCAUUGUGGGAAAAGUUUCAGUCAGAAUUCCUACCUGAUGAAACACCAGAAGACUCACACAGGAGAGAAACCAUAUGACUGCCAAGAUUGUGGGAAAAGUUUCAGUUGGAAUUCUCUCCUGGUAGAACAUCACAGAACUCACACAGGUGAGAAACCAUAUGAGUGUCCAGAUUGUGGGAAAGAUUUCUCUCGGAAAUCUGACCUGGUGAAACACCAGAGGACUCACACAGGAGAGAAACCAUAUGAGUGUUCAGAUUGUGGAAAAGGUUUCAAGGGGAAUUCUGACCUGGUGAUACACCAAAGGAUUCACACAGGUGAAAAACCGUAUGUGUGUCUGCAGUGUGGGAAAAGAUUCAUUCAAAAUUUCCAUCUUGUGCGACAUCACAGAAUUCACACAGGAGACAAACCAUAUAAGUGUCCAAACUGUGGGAAAAGUUUCAGUCAGAAUUCUGACCUGGUGAUACAUCAGAGGACUCACACGCAAGAGAAGCCGUAUGAGUGUUCAGAUUGUGGGAAAGGUUUCAGUUGCAAUUCUGACAUGGUGAAACAUCAGAGAACUCACACAGCAGAGAAACCAUAUAAAUGUCAUUGUGGGAAAAGUUUCAGUCAGAAUUCCUACCUGAUGAAACACCAGAGGACUCACACAGGAGAGAAACCAUAUAAAUGUCAUGAUUGUGGAAAAAGUUUUAGUCAGAAUUCCUCCCUGGUGAAACACCAGAGGACUCACACCGAAGAGAGAGCGUACGAGUGUCCAGAAUGUGGGGAAUGUUUCAGAUGCAAGUCUCAACUAGUGAAGCACCAGAAGACUCACAGAGCAGAGAGAUUGUAUGAGUGUCCAGAUUGUGGGAGAAGUUUCACUCAAAAUUCCAAGCUGUUGAGACACCAGAGAACUCACACAGGAGAGAAACCACAUGAGUGUCUGCAUUGUGGGAAAAGGUUCAGUCAGAAUUCCAACCUGGUGAUACACCAGAAAACUCACACUGGAGAAAAACCAUAUCAGUGUCCAGAUUGUGGCAAAAGUUUCAGUCAGAAUUCCUACCUGAUGAUACACCAGAAAACUCACACUGGAGAAAAACCAUAUCAGUGUCCAGAUUGUGGGAAAAAAUUCUGCCAUAAUUCCUACUUGGUGAAACACGAGAGGAUUCACACUGUAAAGAAACCAUAUGAGUGUCUUGAAUGUGGGAAACGUUUUACUUGGAAUUCCCAUUUAGUGAUACACCAGAGGACUCACACAGGAGAGAAACCGUAUGAAUGUCCAGAUUGUGGGAAAGAUUUCAGUAGUAGGUCUAACCUUAUAAAUCAUGUAAGGGUACACAUAGGGGAGUAACCAUUCAAAUAGCUAGAUUGCAGGCAGUGUUUCACACAAAGUUCCUCCCUUAUCACACAAGAAAUUCCACAUGAGGCAACAUUUUAUGUGUGUAGACUAAUCUUGAAUUUUGUUGUCUCAUUGGAAACCUAGCUGAACAAUUAAACAUUUAAUUACUUGCCUGAUUCUCUUUAGGAAACAUCUUAGUAUCAAACUUGAGGGAGGAAUAGAAUAGAAUAACAAAGUUGGAAGAGACUUUGUAUGUCAUCUAGUCGAACUGCCUGCUCAAAAUCACUGCAGGAUUAGCGGCAUAUUAAGUUAAUAAAUAUAAGCAAACAUCUGGUUCAAAAUGAAGUUUCUGAUGAGCAGGCAUCUCUUCUUAUCCCAGUACUUAGGGAAACAGCUAGAUUUUCUUUGCUUUAGAGAAGACUAGGAGGAUAAAGACCUCCAAAGUUCAGGGGAAAAGUUUUUCAUAGGGCAGGAUCUGCAAUGGAAAAGACUCACUUCGUAGUUCCUGUCAGAUGGUGUGGGGGAUGGCAAUCGUGCUGUUCCUAGGGCUGAAACAGUAGCUAGAAGGUGGGUUGAGGUCAGGUCAGAGAAGAAAUCGGGAGCAAGUAGAGCUGCCUGGCUUCCUCCACAGUGUAAAAGCAGAGAAGGAGCUAGGCUGCUUCUAUAUUCUAUAUUCCUUCCCACCCCAGAUUUUAUUCCACCUGUGCUGACUUUAAAACUGGUACUUACAAUUUUCUACAUUGGAAAAAGUCUCCUUUAGCUUAUGAUGGAUUCCUUGGGAUUUUAUGGACAUGUUUUCUUGGCAACAAUAUGGGACAGAUAUGUUACUGGUCUCUCCCUCUCCCCCCCUUCCUCUGUCUCUUUCCUCAUCCUCUAUUUAGCUAGCUAACCCUGUUCUUUUGCACAGAUGUGAGCAAUGUGGAAGGAAAACAUUGGUCUGGAUUUCUCCAAGGAAUGGACUUAAGGCCAGGAUCUGUUUUUAAGAAGAGUUUUCUUCUGACUGACGGGACUCAAUUUCCAAACAGGAAUGUAUAUGACUUAAUAGAAAGAAGGAGGGAAGGCAUAAAUGACCUGUUUUCCCCCAAAUUUCUUGUUUAUUGCUGAUUUUUCUAUGGUUUUUGUGUGUUUUGAUCAUUAAAAUUUUAAUUUAAAAAAUAAGUGUCAGGCAGAAACACUUAUGUGUGCACAUGCAUGCUACCAUUCUUUUUAAAACACUUUCAAACAUUUCUUUGAAAAGUAUAUUAGUGUUGAUUACCAAAUACAGUAGACAGGCCCUUUUUCUAGGCUCUGCUGUGUGCAUGUCUCACUCACUUUGACUUUGAUUUCUGUGCUAAGGAAAUUACACAUGUACAUGUCAUUUAGCAGACUUAAAAUCUUAGACAGAGCCCUGGCUGGGACUGAUGAUAGUUCCCUUGGAGACUUUUGCCUGCUGGUGCCCCUUGGGAGCCACAGGAAAUCAAUAAUAAAGUGAUUAUUUAGAAAGGUUUUGACAAUGACUGAAAGUUGACUAACAGAUUAACACAUUAACAGAGUUGGAACGGACCUUAUAGGUCAUCUAGCCCAACCCACUGCUCAAGGAGGAGACCCUACACCGUUUCUUGACACGUGGUCGAGUCUCUUCUUGAAAGCCUCCAGUGAUGAAGCACCCACAACUACUGAAGACAGGCUGUUUCAUUGGUUAAUUGUUCUCACUGUCAGAAAAUUUCUCAUUUCUAGUUUGAAUCUUUCCUUGAUCGGUGUCUGUCCAUUCUUCCUUGUCUGGCCUUCAGGUGCCUUGGAAAAUAGAUUGACCUCCAUCCUCUCUCUGGCAGCCCUUCAAAUAUUGGACGACUGCUAUCAUGUCACCACUGGUCCUUCUCUUCACUAGAUUAGCCAUACCCAGUUCUUGUAACCGUCCCUUAUAUAUUUUAGCCUGCAGGCCUCUUAAUCUGAUCUGAGUUUCCUUUCUCUGGCCCCGUGUCAUCGUUCCCUUUCACAAAGUUGACGGGAAAUGCUUUGCUUGGUGAGAGAAAGUAAACAUUGAUCAGUUAA